AUGAUCUCAGAAAGGGAUUCAGAGACCACCUUCGAUGAGGAUUCCCAGCCUAAUGAUGAGGUGAUGCCAUAUAGUGACGAUGAAACGGAGGAUGAGUUGGACAGUCGGCAACCUGCAGUCGAACCAGGACAAAACCAAAUCAACAGAGAUGCUGAGGAGAGCCAAGAACCAUUGAAAAAAGAUUGCAGCUGGCAAGUUAAAGCAAAUGAUCAACGCUUCUAUGAACAGCCCCAGUUUAAGAGAACAGUAUUUCUGUGCUUCAAAAAAAGCAAAUAUGCAGCAAAUGCAAUUAAGACAUACAAGUACAAUCCUAUCACUUUUUUACCACUUAAUCUGUUUGAACAGUUUAAAAGAGCAGCCAACUUCUAUUUCCUCGUUCUUCUCAUUUUGCAGUCGAUUCCCCAAAUAACUACCCUGUCAUGGUAUACAACACUGGUGCCCUUACUCUUGGUGCUGGGAAUAACUGCAGUCAAAGACCUAGUGGAUGACAUUGCUCGUCACAGGAUGGACAACGAGGUUAAUAAUAGGACAUGUGAAGUCAUCAGGGAUGGAAGGUUCAAAAACACAAAAUGGAAAGAUAUUAAAGUUGGUGAUAUCAUUCGUCUGAAGAAAAAUACUUUCGUUCCUGCUGAUAUUUUGCUGCUAUCCAGCUCAGAACCAAAUAGUCUCUGCUAUGUAGAGACAGCAGAACUAGAUGGUGAGACUAACUUAAAAUUCAAAAUGGCACUUGAGGUAACACACAGAUAUCUUCAAGAAGAAAGUGCGAUGGCAGACUUUAAUGGUCUGAUUGAAUGUGAAGAACCUAAUAACCGACUGGAUAAGUUUGCAGGAACGUUAUUCUGGAGAAACAUGAGUUAUUCACUGGAUGCUGAUAAGAUUUUAUUACGUGGAUGUAAAAUCAGGAAUACAGACUUCUGCCAUGGAGUGGUCAUAUUUGCAGGUGCUGAUACAAAAAUAAUGAAAAAUAGUGGAAAGACAAGAUUUAAAAGGACAAAAAUUGACUCCCUUAUGAAUUACAUGGUUUAUACUAUUUUUGUCGUCCUCAUCCUGCUGUCGGCUGGCCUUGCCAUUGGACACACUUACUGGGAGCAGCAGAUUGGUAACUUGUCUUGGUACCUCUACGAUGCACAAGACUUCAGUCCUCCAUAUCGCGGCUUCCUUAACUUUUGGGGAUAUAUCAUUGUUCUGAACACCAUGGUUCCCAUUUCCCUUUAUGUGAGUGUUGAAGUGAUUCGUUUGGGCCAAAGCUAUUUUAUAAACUGGGACCUGCAAAUGUAUUACCCUGAGAAGGACACGGCUGCGAAGGCCAGAACCACCACGCUGAAUGAGCAGCUGGGGCAGAUCCACUAUAUCUUCUCUGACAAGACAGGAACACUUACACAGAACAUCAUGACGUUUAAAAAAUGUUGCAUAAACGGCCAAAGAUACGGAGACUGCCGGGAUGGAGCAGGGCAGCUUCAGAGUCACCCAGAGCAAGUGGAUUUCAGCUGGAACAUGUACGCAGAUGGAAAGUUCUCAUUCUAUGAUCACUAUCUGAUAGAGCAAAUAAAAUCUGGAAAGGAGCCAGAAAUUCAGAAGUUCUUUUUUCUGCUUGCCAUUUGUCACACAGUCAUGGUUGACACUUCUGAUGGUCAGCUCAAUUACCAAGCAGCUUCCCCAGAUGAAGGGGCCCUUGUUACGGCAGCCAGAAACUUUGGCUAUGUUUUCCUUUCACGAACACAAAAUACUAUCACUAUAAGUGAAAUGGGGAUUGAAAGAACUUACGAUGUCCUUGCUAUCUUGGAUUUCAACAGUGAUAGAAAACGGAUGUCUGUUAUUGUAAGAGAAUCGGGUGGAAAUAUCAGGCUAUAUUGUAAAGGGGCUGAUACAGUAAUUUAUGAACGGUUGCACCCAAGGAAUCUAAAGAGAGAAGCUACAGAAGAAGCACUAGAUAUUUUUGCAAAUGAAACUCUUAGGACACUCUGCCUGUGCUAUAGAGACAUUAGUCAUGAUGAAUUUGAAGCAUGGAAUAAAAAGUUUGUGGAGGCCAGUGUAGCUACAACUAAUCGUGAUGAAGCUCUGGACAAAGUGUAUGAGGACAUAGAAAAAAACUUGAUUCUGCUUGGUGCAACAGCUAUUGAAGACAAACUACAGGAUGGAGUUCCAGAAACUAUUUCCAGACUUUCAAAAGCAGACAUUAAAAUCUGGGUGCUUACUGGUGACAAAAAAGAAACUGCUGAAAAUAUUGGAUUUUCUUGUGAACUCUUAACAGAUGAAACAACAAUCUGCUAUGGAGAAGAUACCAGCGCUCUUCUUCAAACUAGGCUGGAGAACCAGAGGAACAGGGCUGGAUCAAGUACACAUUCCUCUGUAAGAAUGAACGAGCCCUUCUUCCAGGGUAGUAAAGAUCGUGCUUUAAUAAUCACUGGCUCCUGGUUGAAUGAAAUCUUGCUAGAGAAGAAAAAGAAGAAAAAGAAGCUUAAAUUGAAAUUCCCUAGAACAGCAGAAGAGAAGAAAAAGCAAACUGAGAAGAGAAGAAGGGCUGAAGCUUACAAAGAACAGCAGCAGAAGAACUUUGUGGAUUUGGCCUGCGAAUGCAGGGCUGUGAUCUGCUGUCGAGUGACUCCAAAACAGAAAGCCAUGGUGGUCGAGCUUGUGAAGAAAUACAAGAAAGCUAUUACUCUGGCUAUUGGGGAUGGUGCCAAUGAUGUAAACAUGAUUAAAACUGCCCACAUUGGAGUUGGAAUAAGUGGCCAAGAAGGGAUGCAAGCCGUCAUGUCAAGUGACUACUCUUUUGGGCAAUUCCGCUACCUCCAAAGACUGCUGCUGGUCCACGGACGAUGGUCUUACAUUAGGAUGUGCAAGUUUUUAAGAUAUUUUUUCUACAAAAACUUUGCUUUUACACUAGUCCACAUCUGGUAUUCAUUCUUUAAUGGCUUUUCUGCCCAGACAGCAUAUGAAGACUGGUUCAUCACGCUGUACAACGUAUUGUAUUCUAGUCUCCCGGUUCUGCUAGUUGGCUUGCUUGACCAGGAUGUGAGCGACAAAUUGAGUCUUCGGUUCCCUAGACUGUACAUUUUGGGACAGAAAGAUUUACUUUUUAACUACAAGAAAUUCUUUUUAAGUUUGCUUCAUGGAGCUGUAACUUCAUUGAUAAUCUUCUUCAUACCAUAUGGAGCUUACCUUAAAACUAUGGGACAAGAUGGAGAAGCACCUUCAGAUUAUCAGUCAUUUGCUGUCACAGCAGCAUCUUCUCUUAUAUUUGUUGUCAAUUUUCAGAUUGGCUUGGAUACAUCUUACUGGACUUUUGUUAAUGCUUUUUCAGUAUUUGGGAGUAUCGCACUUUACUUUGGUAUCACAUUUGACUUCCACAGUGCUGGAAUCCACGUCCUCUUUCCUUCUGCCUUUCAGUUCACAGGAACUGCUCCAAAUGCUCUAAGACAGCCGUACCUCUGGCUGACCAUGAUUUUAUCAAUUGCUAUUUGCUUACUUCCUGUAGUGGCACAGCGUUUCUUAUCAAUGACAAUUUGGCCUUCCGAAAGUGAUAGAAUUCAGAAGAACCGUAAGAAAUACAUGGCAGAAGAACAACAGUGGAAGCGAAGGCAGAGUGCUUUUCGCCGAGGGAUAUCUGGCCGUCGUUCUGCUUAUGCUUUCUCCCAUCAGCGGGGAUAUGCUGAUCUUAUUGCUUCUGGGCGCAGCAUACGGAAAAAACGGGCUCCUUUAGAUGCAGUCCUAGGCAAUGGUGUGACAGAAGUCAAAGAUGCUUGUGAAACAAGCUGA